AUGGCCAAAUGGGCAAUCGAGCUAAGUGAAUUCGACAUUACAUAUAAGCCAAGGUCGGCGCUCAAGGGUCAGGCGUUAGCAGAUUUCUUGGUUGAGGGUCACUUCCCAGCAUCGAUCCCUGAGAUCUCGUGGCAGGACCCAUUUUGGGAGAUGCACGUCGACGGUGCAUCCAAUUUCUCAGGAGCAGGGGCAGGAAUUUUACUUCAAAGUUCCGAGGAUGUCCAGAUCGAGUGCGCGGUUCAUCUCAAUUUUCCGGCAUCAAACAACGUGGCUGAAUAUGAAGCUUUGGUAACGGGCUUAACCUUGGCAAAGAAGCUGCGAAUCCGACGCUUGCAGGUAUAUUCCGACUCACAACUAGUUGUCAGCUUGUCUAAUGACGACUACGCCGCCAAGGACAGACGUAUGUCCAGUUACCAAGACUUGGUUCGAGAUUUGAUGCGCGGAUUCGAGCAACUUUCACUGGUCAAAGUACCUCGUGAGAAGAAUUCCCGUGCGGAUGAGUUGGCUAAGGCCGCUUCAGGUUGCACGGAGGUCAUCAACAUCGUUAAGAUCGAGGUGCUCGAAGGACCAAGCAUUGAAGGGAACAAGCCGCAACGACAAGUCAUGGCGGUCGACUCAGUUCCGAACGACUGGAGAGGUCAAAUUGUGAAUUACCUUGAAUUUGGCAUACAACCAGACGAUCCAAUUGAGGCCAGAAAACUCAGGAUGAAGGCUGUGCGGUACCUAGUUGUCGAGGACGAACUUUUUAAACGCUCAUUUUCCGAACCCCACCUUCGAUGCCUGGGACCUUCUCAGGCAAGACUCGUCCUUAAAGAAAUUCACGAAGGGUCAUGCAGGGCACACCUCGGCGGCAGGACCCUUGCUCAUAAGAUACUCUCUCAGGGAUACUAUUGGCCAUAUCUCUCGCGGGAGGCCGAACAAUAUGCUAAGAAAUGCCAGCAAUGCCAACGGCACGCUCCAGUAAGCCAUUCGCCUGCCGAAGAGCUUCAUGCAUUAUCCGGCCCACGGCCUUUCGCCAGAUGGGGCAUGGAUAUAGUCGGCCCCUUACCAACGGCACCGGGAGGAUUCAAGUACGCGCUACUUGCUACUGACUAUCACACGAAAUGGGUCGAAGCAGAUUCAUAUGCCACGAUAACGGGAGAGACCGUGGCAACAUUCACAUGGAGGAACAUUAUAUGUCGAUUCGGUAUCCCGCGGUAUAUUAUAUGCGACAACGGCACAUAA